UCCUCCGCAGUUCGCUCCUUGCCUGGGCUCAGACACACAGCCAGCCCGGAGCCGCCGCUCGGGCCGGGCCGCCGCCGCCGCCUCUGCCUCUGCCUACCCCAGAGCCGCUCGAGCCGCUGAAAGCGUCGCCGCCACAGCCGCGGGCCGCCCCCGCCGCGCCGGCCUGGGCUCGGGCUGCGAGCGCCGCCGCAACCGCAACCGGAGCCGGCGCGGGAGCCCGAGAGCACUGGGCUGGGCUGGGCUGGGGCGGGCGCAGGGCGCAGGGGCGGGAGCGCGGGGGAAGACGCACGGGCGGGCUCGGCUCUCCCGGGGAGCGGCCCGGGACUGCACCGGGACCCGCGCCUCCCCGCUCCGCGCUGCCCUCGGCCUCGCCCCGGGCCCGGGCGGAUGAGCCGCGCGCCCGGGGGACAUGGAAGCGCUGACGCUGUGGCUUCUUCCCUGGAUAUGCCAGUGCGUUACGGUGCGGGCCGACUCCAUCAUCCACAUCGGUGCCAUCUUCGAGGAGAACGCAGCCAAGGACGACAGGGUGUUCCAGUUGGCUGUAUCAGACCUGAGCCUCAAUGAUGACAUCCUGCAGAGUGAGAAGAUCACUUACUCCAUCAAGGUCAUCGAGGCCAAUAACCCGUUCCAGGCAGUGCAGGAAGCCUGUGACCUCAUGACCCAGGGAAUUUUGGCCUUGGUCACAUCCACAGGCUGUGCAUCUGCCAACGCCCUGCAGUCCCUCACAGAUGCCAUGCACAUCCCACACCUCUUUGUCCAGCGCAAUCCCGGGGGUUCACCACGAACUGCCUGCCACCUGAACCCUAGCCCUGACGGUGAGGCCUACACACUGGCUUCGAGACCACCUGUCCGUCUCAAUGACGUCAUGCUCAGGCUGGUGACAGAGCUGCGCUGGCAGAAGUUCGUCAUGUUCUAUGACAGCGAGUAUGAUAUCCGUGGGCUCCAAAGCUUUCUGGACCAGGCCUCACGGCUGGGCCUCGACGUCUCUUUACAAAAGGUGGACAAGAAUAUCAGUCACGUGUUCACCAGUCUCUUCACCACCAUGAAGACAGAGGAGCUGAACCGCUACCGGGACACGCUGCGCCGUGCCAUCUUACUGCUUAGCCCACAAGGGGCCCACUCCUUCAUCAAUGAGGCUGUGGAGACCAACCUGGCUUCCAAGGACAGCCAUUGGGUCUUUGUGAAUGAGGAAAUCAGUGACCCCGAGAUCCUGGAUCUGGUCCACAGUGCCCUUGGCAGGAUGACCGUGGUCCGACAAAUCUUCCCAUCUGCAAAGGACAACCAGAAAUGCAUGAGGAACAACCAUCGCAUCUCUUCCCUGCUCUGUGAUCCACAGGAAGGCUACCUCCAAAUGCUGCAGAUCUCCAAUCUCUACCUGUAUGACAGUGUUCUGAUGCUGGCCAACGCCUUCCACAGGAAGUUGGAGGACCGGAAAUGGCACAGUAUGGCAAGCCUUAACUGCAUAAGAAAGUCUACCAAGCCAUGGAAUGGAGGGAGAUCCAUGUUAGACACGAUUAAAAAGGGACACAUCACUGGCCUCACAGGAGUUAUGGAGUUUCGGGAAGACAGCUCGAAUCCCUAUGUCCAGUUUGAAAUCCUUGGCACAACCUAUAGUGAGACCUUUGGUAAAGACAUGCGCAAGCUGGCGACCUGGGACUCGGAGAAGGGCUUGAAUGGCAGUCUGCAGGAAAGGCCCAUGGGCAGUCGCCUCCAAGGACUGACUCUCAAAGUGGUGACUGUCUUGGUAGGAUCAUGGGGAUGUCCUGGGAACUUCAUUUUCCAGGAAGAGCCUUUUGUGAUGGUGGCUGAGAACAUCCUUGGACAGCCCAAACGUUACAAAGGGUUCUCCAUAGAUGUGCUGGAUGCAUUGGCUAAGGCUCUGGGAUUCAAGUAUGAGAUAUACCAGGCCCCUGAUGGCAGGUAUGGUCACCAGCUUCAUAACACCUCCUGGAACGGGAUGAUCGGGGAGCUCAUUAGCAAGAGAGCAGACUUGGCCAUCUCUGCCAUCACCAUCACCCCAGAGAGGGAGAGUGUUGUGGACUUCAGCAAGCGCUACAUGGACUACUCUGUCGGGAUCCUCAUCAAGAAACCCGAGGAGAAAAUCAGCAUCUUCUCCCUCUUUGCCCCCUUUGAUUUCGCGGUGUGGGCCUGCAUCGCAGCCGCCAUCCCUGUGGUUGGUGUGCUCAUAUUCGUGUUGAACCGGAUACAGGCUGUGCGGGCUCAGAGCGCUGCCCAACCACGACCUUCUGCUUCUGCCACCCUGCACAGUGCCAUCUGGAUUGUCUAUGGAGCCUUUGUUCAGCAAGGUGGUGAGUCGUCUGUGAACUCUGUGGCCAUGCGCAUUGUGAUGGGCAGCUGGUGGCUCUUCACCCUCAUUGUGUGUUCCUCCUACACAGCCAACCUUGCUGCUUUCCUCACAGUGUCCAGGAUGGACAACCCCAUAAGGACGUUUCAGGACCUGUCCAAGCAACUGGAGAUGUCUUAUGGCACCGUGCGGGAUUCUGCUGUCUACGAGUACUUCAGAGCCAAGGGUACCAAUCCCCUGGAGCAGGACAGCACUUUUGCUGAGCUCUGGCGGACCAUAAGCAAGAAUGGAGGUGCCGACAACUGUGUAUCCAGUCCUUCAGAAGGCAUCAGAAAGGCCAAGAAGGGGAACUACGCGUUUCUGUGGGAUGUGGCCGUGGUGGAGUACGCAGCCCUGACAGAUGACGACUGCUCCGUGACUGUCAUCGGCAACAGCAUCAGCAGCAAGGGCUACGGGAUUGCCCUGCAGCAUGGCAGCCCCUACAGGGACCUCUUCUCCCAGAGGAUCCUGGAGCUGCAAGACACAGGGGACCUGGAUGUGCUCAAGCAGAAGUGGUGGCCGCACACAGGCCGCUGUGACCUCACCAGCCAUUCCAGUGCCCAGGCUGAGGGAAAAUCCCUUAAACUACACAGCUUUGCCGGGGUCUUCUGCAUCUUGGCCAUCGGCCUCCUCCUUGCCUGCCUUGUGGCUGCUCUAGAGUUAUGGUGGAACAGCAACCGGUGCCACCAGGAGACCCCCAAAGAGGACAAAGAGGUGAAUCUGGAACAGGUGCACCGACGCAUCAAUAGCCUCAUGGAUGAAGACAUUGCUCACAAGCAAAUUUCCCCAGCAUCCAUUGAGCUCUCUGCCCUGGAGAUGGGGGGCCUGGCUCCAAGCCAAGCCUUGGAGCCCACGCGGGAGUAUCAGAACACCCAACUCUCGGUCAGCACCUUUCUGCCUGAACAAAGCAGCCAUGGCACCAGCCGGACACUGUCGUCAGGGCCCAGCAGCAACCUGCCACUGCCACUGAGCAGCUCAGCCACCAUGCCCACGAUUCAGUGCAAACACAGGUCGCCCAACGGAGGACUGUUCCGACAGAGCCCUGUGAAGACCCCAAUCCCCAUGUCCUUUCAGCCCGUGCCUGGAGGUGUCCUUCCAGAGGCUCUGGACACCUCUCAUGGCACCUCCAUCUGACCGUCGCCUGCCCUCUUGCCCGUCUGCCCACCCACCCGACCAGCAGAGCUUUUUAAUACAAGAAAAUGACAACACAGACCACACACACACACAUACACACACACACACACACACACACACACACACACACACACACACGGACUCUUUCAUUUUUCUUGUACAUAAAUGUAAAUAAUGACAGAAUGGAGUGGGGUAAAAGUGUAUUUUGAAUAUUCCCAAUUUUCGAAGUCAGUAAAAAACAAAAAAACCAACAAAAACUGUAUGAAUGACUUUGUAAAUUUUGUUCUAUAUGAAUAAAAAGGCAAAUUACUUGUGAUCAUUCUGAAGUGCCAAAGGAGCCCCCUAUUCCUGGACCCUUUCGAGGGCAGGAAGGACCAUCGGAAAAGAAGCUCCUGGCUGCUGGGGAGGAAAGAAGACGUGGAGGAGCCCCGAAUGCCGCUUGCUGCUGUGCCAACAGCUUUCCCUCUUGUCCUUCCUUACAAGUCCCUCAUUAUUCCUUCGGUGUCUUUGGGUGGAUUCAGUGUGUGCCUGAGUCUGGAGCCCAGGUUGUGUGGACCCAUCUGGUCCCUGACCUGUAGGCUGACCUGCCCUAGACAUGGCGCUGGACAAUCAGGCUCAAGAUGCUGAGGUCACUGUGUGUCACAGUGUGUAGCAUGCAGCUGUCCCCAAGGCCUCAGAAAAGAUGCCCAUAUUGAGGUCACAGUCUCUGAGGCUUUGAUAUCAAUGUGUUUGAACAGCAUAUUAUUGGUCUUUAAAAAAAAAAACUCUUUCUACUUAGGAGAAUCAGUCAGUGAUGGCAACCCCAUCUAGGCAGAGGUAGGACUGUCCUGAGUGGGACAUCCUUUAUUAUAGGUUGAAUUUGUCAUAUGGAUUGUAUGACAUAUGGAUUGUAAGAAACCAGGUAAAGACUGUUUGCUUGGAUAGCUCUGAUCAAAAGAAAAGUAGCUACAGACACAGGGAGUAGAAGUACACAGGUAAAAGGCUUCCACUGAAAUGAGUUAGGGGAAUUUUCUCCAAAUUAUGGGGAGAUUGAGGAUAAACAAGAAGGACCACGUAGGGAAUUAGCUUGACUCUUUCAAGAGGAGUCCUAAUGAAGCUAUCCAUAGUCCUUAAAGACAUGUGCCCUAAUGAAGCUGUCCAUAGUCCUUAAAGACAUGUCUUUAGCGCUUUAUAAAGUUGGCUAAACAGGACCAGAUCUCAGCACUAGCCCUUUCUCCAGAAUUACUGUGUUUUCAACACCAGGAGUCCUCAGACAAUAAACCAGCCCACAGCAGGGAUCCUUCAGGCUGGAAGAAUCUUCUAUCCUCUGAGAUGGUGAAUUUGCAGGGAAGUCCUGUUUGAUAAAACAAGGCUAACCUAAGGAUCUUCCCUCUCUACAUUGCCCUUUGUGGGGUAACUAAACUGUAGAACCAGCAAUGAUUCCUCCAGAGGAAUCUGAGCUGUAUCACUGUAAGCUGCUUCCUCCCAUUUUGAAGACCAAGGUGUCUCUGAUCUCCUACACUGCUGGGAUGUAGAACAUAACCCCAUCCAGUUCCAAAAGUAUAGAGCUCCUACUCGAACUACAAAUUGAGGUGUUAAGAUCUUGGUCUGUGGUUACAGAGAAACACACCAUUCUGUCUAUUACUUCUUCUGUACUUCUAUAUUUUUGUAGAGUUAGUUGAGAGAUAGAUUCAUGAAGGUAAUUACUGGCCCAGGAUGAAUUUAUUUCCCAAAGUCCCUAAUGAUGUUAACGAGUAUAAAGAAGUUACUGUAUCACAGAGUCAGCUAAAAGCACCAGAACAAAACAAGACACUGUUCACAGUUAUGUAUCAUUGGCUACUGGGAAUUCCAUGAUACUGGUGUUACUAGAGUGAUUUAUCAGCAUUUCCCUAGUCAGUGUGUGGACCAUGGAGACAGGUGUGCAUGGCAAAACCUAGGUGGGCUACCUAGCUUGCAUAGGCUUUGUUUUCAUUUCAUCAGCUCUUUGGGCAACUUGCACUGGAGGGUUAAUUUUUCAUAUAUAUAGUCAUUUAAAAAUCAAACUCUGGUCUCACUGCCUUAUCUUACACCUGUCUGUAUCCCAAAGAUGACCUAGUUUCUUUGGUAUGCCAUGGAUAUGGGUGUCUUUGCUUAGGAGUAGAGAUUCUCUCUCUCUCUCUCUCUCUCUCUCUCUCUCUCUCUCUCUCUCUCUCUCUGUGUGUGUGUGUGUGUGUGUGUGUGUGUGUGUGUGUGUGUGUGUUGGGGAGAGAGAGAGAGAGAGAGAGAGAGAGAGAGAGAGAGAGAGAGGAGGGAAAGGGAGGAAGAGAGAAGGAGAGGGAGAAAGAGAUUAUCUUUGCAAGAAAGGUAUAAUGCUUCUGGUUGUUCCAGAUACCUCCCAGUGUUAUUUUUACCAUAUUUAUGUCAUUUUUUAAUUUCCCUAUCCUUGGCAUGAGGGGAAAUGAUUGAUAUCAAGCAAGUUAUCUAGGGGGAGACAAGAACAAAGCCUAUAUUCUCCCACCCCAGCUAUCUGUGUCAGCUCAGAAUGUAUCUUUUUCAUGCUUUGCUCUGUGGAUUUAUAACUCUGUUUAGACUCUUCCAUACAUUUUAGGUAUAUUUUGUGCCUUCAGACACUGCAAAUAAUAAUCAGCAUUUGGAUUAAAG